AUGUCGACCUCGCCGACCUCCCUCGAGCGCACCCCGUCCUCGCUCGACGAGAAGUUGCCCAUCGAAGCUGGUGCGCCGGCAGUCGAGGCGCAAGGAGGACAGAAGCGCAGCUGGUACCGCUCGCCGCUGUGCCAGGUCAACAUCGUCGGCGCGUGCGCCUUUCUCUCGCCAGGCCUGUGGAACUCGAUGAAUUCACUCGGCGCAGGUGGUGGACAGGAGCCAUGGCUCGCCAAUGCCGCCAACUCGAUCGUCUUUGGUCUCAUGGUCCUCACGUGCCUCCUCGGCUCGUCCAUCACAACCGUCACGGGCUACCGCUGGGCGCUCUGCCUCGGCGCCAUGGGCUACGCUCCCUACGCCGGCGGCCUCGUCUACAACCUCAACACGGGCGCGACCUGGCUCGUCUACCUCGGCUCGGUCACCUGCGGCUUGAGCGCCGGCCUCUUCUGGAGCGUCGAGGGCGCUAUCGCGUUGGGCUACCCGGACCCGUCGCAGCGCGGCAUCUUUCUCGCCAUCUGGCUCGCAUGGCGCAAUGCGGGCCAGAUCCUCGGCGGCGCCAUCAACCUCGGGCUCAACGCCAAGGGGAACAAGAUCGGCGCCAUCUCGCAAGUGACCUACUACGUCUUCAUCGCGCUGCAGUGCGUCGCGCCGCUCGUCGCCAUGUUCCUCGUCAACCCCUCCCAGGUGCAGCGCAAGGACGGAAAGCCGGUGAAAAUGGAGGAGCAUAUCGGGUUCUUGAACGAGAUGCGCGAGAUGUGGGCCCUGAUGUGCCGGCGCGAGGUUCUGUGGCUGCUCCCGAUCUCGCUGUACGCGCAGUGGACGUCGCCGUACAUCAACAGCUUCCUCUCCCUCUACUUCACCGUGCGGGCCCGCGCCCUCGGCUCUCUCGUCAUCGCCAUCCUCGGCGUCGUCUUCAACUUUGCGCUUGGCGCGUUCUUGGACAACGAGCGCUUCACAAAGAAGUUUCGCGCGCGUGCCUCAUACCUCAUGAUCAUGGUCAGCCUCGGCGGCGUCUGGAUCUGGGCGACCGUCAUCCAGUUGCGUUUCCUCGACCACAAGCCGAGGCUGGACUGGACCGACGGGCAGCGCUUUGCCGAGGCGUGGAUGCUCUACGUCCUUUUCUACAUCACCUACUUCACGCUUCAGAACAACCUGUACUGGGUCAUCGCGUCGACGGCCCGAGCGCCGCACGAGCUCAUCCGCCUGUCGUCGUUCCUUCGAGGCGCCGAAAGCGCCGGGUCGGCGUGCGGGUACGCCCUCACGGCGUCCAAGAACCUUCCGCUCACGGUGCCGCUCUCGAUCGACUUUGCGCUGUGGGGCGUCGCCAUCACGACGGCGUGGAUGACGGUCAAGGAGGUGGGCGUGUCGCUCGGGAUCAGGGAGGCCGAGGAGGAGGAGUAG